AUGACAUCAGAGGAAAGUGUGAUGCGUUGCCGUGAUCGAAUCCAUUUAGUAAUUCAUGAAACACGUGGUAGAGCCUCAUAUACGCAUUUUAUUUCAAUUCCUAUGACGCAUGAGAUUAUUAAAGACAGUUUUAUCAAAUUUAUGGACACAAUUAAAAAUGAUGAGGAAUUAUCGGAUUCAUGCAGAGAAGAAACAGUUUUUCAAGAACCGAAAAAAUUACACUUAACGAUAACAAUGCUAUCAUUGUUGGAUACUGAUGAAGAAAAGUCAGUAUUGAAUUCACUGGAAACAGUAAUUAAUACACGCGUAAGAGAAGUUUUGAGUGGUAAAUCACUGGAAGUAAAUGUUAAAGGACUAGAAAUAAUGAACGACGAUCCGACCCGUGUUAAUGUACUAUACGCACUAAUCUCUUCAGAUAAACUGGCCGAUAUCGCAAAUGCAAUAGCAGAAGCUAUGAGCGAUACAGGUUUUGCUCCACAGCAGGAUUCAGUAAAGAUACAUUUAACUCUAAUGAAUACUAGAUAUAUGUGGGAAAAAAUGAAAAAGAGAGGAAGAAUGGAUGUGACGAAGUUACUGGAAAAAUAUAGAAAUUAUGACUUUGGGAAAGUCACAAUAGCUGAAGUCCAUAUAUCGAAUUUAAAGGGACCAGUAGAUGAGCAUGGAUAUUAUUCUUCGAUUGGAACCUUUGAAUUGAACAGGAUAACGCAUGAUACAUAA